CUGGCCCGAGGUACUGUCUUUCCUCUGGUUGUGUUUGGAUCUAUUUUACAAUUACAAUUACAAUUAGGGCAUUAAGCAGAAGCUUUUAUCCAAAGCGACUUACAUCGGUUAAUACACACAUUGACACACCGACGGCAGAGUCAACCAUGCAAGGCAACCGCCAGCUCGUCAGGAGCAGUUUUAUUAGUGUCUUGCUCAGGGACACAUCAACACAUCAACCUUUCGGUUACAUGGUCUGUGAAUAAUCAACAAAAUCAAACCUGACCCAGAUGUUGAAAAAAAAAUAGUCUUAUCACUUUAUCAAAUCGUAUUUAAUUGUUUAUAACAUCAGUAUUGUCAGAACAUGCUCUUAUUGGUGCACUUAGCCUACAAAUACGGACUUUGCUCCAGAUUCAGCAGUUGCAUGUCUUCAUUCAAGCAAAGACUACAAUCCUCAAUACACCAAUACUACCAAACACUGUAGAUUACAAAUGGCGGUGUUUUCUGAAAUAUUAGCCCUGGAGUGGAUGGACACAAGAGGUGUUUUAAUAUUCAUCUUUGUUUUCCUGAUCCUUGCUGACUAUCUAAGGAAUAGAAGCCCCUCCGAUUUUCCUCCCGGACCCUGGACUCUUCCUAUUAUUCGGGACACAUAUCGGGUUGAUCCCAACAAAAUGCAUUUGAAUUUUGAGAAGUUUGCUGUGAAAUAUGGACCAAUUUUUAGUCUUCAAAUCUUGGGUGGAAGAGUUGUGGUUGUCAACGGAUACAAGCUUAUGAGAGAAGUCUUGGUCAAGAGAGGAGAAGACUAUGCAGAUCGCCCAGGUCUACCAAUACUGUAUGAUGUGAUUGGAACAAAAGGUUUGUUGAUGUCAAGUGGUAUCUCAUGGAAGCAGCAGAGGAGAUUUGCUCUGUACACACUCAGGAACUUUGGUUUGGGUAAGACGCGUCUGGAACCAACCAUCCAGCAGGAGUGCCAGUACCUGAUUGAGAGCUUUGCACAGCAGCAAGGAGCGCCCUCCGAUCCUAGAACAGCCUUAAUCAAGGCCACCUCCAACAUCAUCUCCUGUUUGUUGUUUGGAGAACGCUUUGAGUACACUGAUAAGAAGCAUCAGUCUAUCGUUGAGGACUUCCGUGAAAUACUGAAGCUACAAGGAGGGCGAGGGGCGAUGCUGUACAACACGUUUCCAUGGCUGGUGAAGCAUUUUCCUGGACCUCACAGGGGGGUGUUCACUCUGACUCGUAGAGUUUUGUCCUACAUUGAAGAGCGGGUCAAAGAGCACAGAGUAGAUCAUGACCCCUCAUUGCCCAGAGACUACAUCGACUGCUUCCUCACAGAAAUGCUUAAGAAUGAAGCUCCUGAAUCAAGGUUUGACAUCGAGAACUUGAGUGUUUGUACAAUGGACCUAUUUCUUGCUGGGACAACAACCACCACCACCACUCUGCAGUGGGGACUGCUCUUCAUGGCUCACUACCCUGACAUACAAAAGAAAGUCCAAGCUGAACUAGAUAUCAUAGUUGGCUCAUCCAGGCAACCUUCCAUAUCUGACAGAGACAGCACUCCCUAUACUUACGCUGUCAUUCAAGAGACCCAAAGGAUGGGUAACAUCUUACCUCUCAAUAUUGUCCGUUUGACUAACAGGGACACCCCCCUUGGAAAGUACACCAUCCCAAAGGGCACUGUGGUGAUGGCCACCCUGAACUCUGUUCUUCAUGAUGAGACUGUGUGGGAAACGCCACACUCCUUCAACCCACAACACUUCCUGGACCAGGACAGCCAGGCUAGAAAGAGAGAGGCCUUCCUGCCCUUUUCAGCUGGGAAGCGUGUGUGUCCUGGGGAACAGCUGGCCAGGAUGGAGCUGUAUAUUUUCCUUUCCUCCCUCCUUCAAAGAUUUUCUUUCUCUGCCCCCCCUGGAGAAAAGCUCAAUCUGGACCCGGUGUUUGCGACCACUCACUGUCCCCAGCCCUUCCGCCUAUGUGCCACACCACGUUGAAUACAUUAUCCCAAGCCUUUCCAUAAUUUAGUCCUAUUAGACCAUCAGUGAUACAUAAUGGUUAUAAUAAAUGGCUGAUGCAAAAUAGAUGCCAACAUUUUGGGAUUCAAAGAUGUGCCAGAGGAACUUUUAAUCAUUGUUUGAUGAUAGAGUGAUGACUCUUUUGGAUGCUCAUUUCAAUAAUGAUGGAAUGAAUCUGGGCACAUAUCAAUCUUCUAAUACAUUUUUAGAAUAUUACGGUUUGAUUUUGUGGAAAUAACAUUGUUAAAGACGCCAAAUAUGGCAUCAUUGAGGAAGAUACUAAUAAUUGUGUUUGACUUUAAGCAACAAUUGUUUGCUAUUGUGUGGAUUUUUAUUAGUGAAGUUAUUACAAUCUUGAACACAGUAUUUAGACCUAAAUACAAUAUCAGAUUCUAUGUUGAAGCCAAUAACCAAAGCCUAUUCAUUAUAAUUUAAUCUCUAGAAUAGCACCAUAGGAAUAAUAUAAUCAAUGGCGUGCCGCCCUUUUGAGCUUUUUCCAUAAUGUUUCCAUAAUGUCUAUGCACAGUGAUUAUAUAAUGUGUGUCUGUGAUUACAAUGGGAUGACUCUCUCUCUCUCCGUCUGCGGUUUCCCCUAUGUUAACCUCUCUGGGGCGUUGAGCAAGUGGGCGUGGCUGAGAGAGGGGGCAGCUGAUGUGGUACACCUGUUCAGGUUUGGUCUGUAGGCUUAAUAAUGUUUACCACAUCGACCAGCCGAUCUAUUCUGACUGGCAGGUUGCCUUUUUGGUUUUGUUCAUCUUGGUUUUGUCUCUUAGGAUUUUUUGCAUCCUUUGGCUUGGUAUUAUUCUUUGUCUUGUAUUCACACCAUUCAACAUUCCCGCAACAAAGAUGUUCCACUCAAUCAUACACGACACACACCGCUGAUUAAACAGACUUCAGGUAUAAUCAUAUACAUUGUUUUAGAGGAAUAAAUAUUACCGUGAACCCCUUUAA